GCGUUUUGAAGAUAAAGCAAAUGGUUCCACGCCAUUGAUGGCUCUCUAUUCCACUUCCUCUCUCGCUCUCUGGUACUAGUCUGUUUUUGGGUUAAACCAUGGGAUCAUCAUCAGUCGCUCUCUCUCCUCCCUCUCUCUCUUCCUUCCCCCAAGCACUCUCUCACUACACCGCUCGCCAUCGCAAUCUCAUCAUCCUUCAAUUUCAGCUCAAUCGAACUUCUCUUCCCAGUCUUCAAGCUUCCAGACGCUUCUCCAAUUCCCCUCAGGAAGGUGAUAAUUUGGUGGACGAUCCUCGCAUUUGGAGUACCAAUCGAAGUGGCAUAGUAAUCGGAGACUAUGAUGACGACGACGACGACGACGAUGAAGCAGAUGAUGACGAUGAAGAUCGGAGUUUGGAUCUUCUGGUUAGGUUUGUGGAGAAUGUAUUCAAGAAGAUCUCUAGAAAAGCCAGGAAGGCUGUUCGAUCGGUUCUACCUGGCGCCGUCUCCACCAAAUUGGUAGUUUGCACCCUUGGCAGUGUGGUAUAUGUAAGUAUCCUACUUAUUCGUGGGAUAUGGACUGGGAUAUCCUACGUGCAAGAAAGUCGCAAUCGCGUGGUAAAUGACCUUGAUGAGAACCAUGCAUGGACUGGAACGCGACCUGCAAAUUGAUUCCAUCCUAUCCUGUCAGAGGAGCAUGAUCCCCAACAAUUACCGAAGUAUCUUUGAGAGGAGGAACUAACGAUAAUAAAGAUGCUGAGAUGUAAUCAGAGGUGACUUCACCGGAGAAGGUGAGGCAUUCUGUUCUUAUGGUCAUACACAUCGAACACUUCUGACUAUAAGCUGAGAAAAAGCAUUGCUUAUUCUUGAUUGCAAAGUGACAUCCAUUCCUUUUUUUUUUUUUGUUCUUUUUGGUUUGUAGAUCAAUUUUGUGUACUUUUAACUGCUUUUAACUGUUUGCCAAUUUCAAUUUUGUUCAUAUUUAUAUAUCAAAAUGUGGGGUACUUCUUUUUCAAGCCUCUGUGGAAUA